AUGCUCCGAAAACUCAUCAUCAUUGUCUGCGCGCUUGUCGUGCUGUCGUUCGUUACGCCGUUUCUGCCGACUCCACUCGCCAGGGUCACGGGCUACAUCGUCAGCACGGCCACCGGCCUGGCGUGCCCGCUGUUCUUCUUCACGUUGAUCUUCGCCCCCGGUUUAUAUCGCCAAAUGAGCGACGAACUGCGGCAGAUGGUCGAGCGGGUGCGGGGUCGGCGUGAUGAGAUCACCGAUCUUCAGCAGAAGAUCAACAACAUGAACAAGCCACACCACAUGGCACAGUUAGGGCAGCUUUACUUGCGGCAGGGGCGGCAAGCCAAAGCCAUCCCCUGGUUCCAGAAAACCUUGGAGAAAGACCCCGACCACCUGGAAGCCACCUACCGGCUAGGGCUGUGUCUGUUCGACGGUGGCAAGUACGACGAAGCGGUGAACUACCUGGAAAAGGUGCACAGCAUCAAGCCCGACCACGACUAUGGCCACGCUUACCUGCGUCUGGCCCAAACCCACAAGCGGCUCGGCAACCCAGAACGAGCCUCGGAAGUGUUCGACGAGCUGCUGAAGUUUUAUCCCGGCCAGCCCGAGGGCACUUACGACUACGCACUGCUGAAAGAAGAUCAGGGCGACUUACAAAAAGCCGGUCAACUCAUGCAAGACGUCGUGUUCAGCGUCCGGCAAAGCCCCCGCUUCCACCGCAACCGCAAUCGCCGCGAGUUCAGAUCGUAG